AUGACACAUCAGUCUGAGAUCCUUCUUCACUCAAAAAACAACUAUUUGUGCGAACACUGUUCAAAAGCAUUUCGAAGCGCCUUUCAUUUAAAAAGGCAUCUGAGAACCCAUACUGGGGAGAAACCGUAUUCCUGUAAACAGUGCUCAAAAGCAUUUUCGGAUGCUUCAAAUUUACAGACACAUCUGAAAAAACAUACUGGUGAGAAACCGUAUUCAUGUAAACAUUGUUCAAAGGCAUUUUCCGACGCUCUAAACUUAAAAACGCAUAGGAGAACCCAUAUUGGCGAGAAACCGUAUUCAUGCGAACACUGUUCAAAAGCAUUUCCAAGUGCCUCUCAUUUAAAAAGGCAUCUGAGAACCCUUACUGGGGAGAAACCAUAUUCCUGUAAACAGUGCUCAAAGACAUUUUCGGAUGCUUCAAAUUUACAGACACAUCUGAGGAAGCAUACUGGCGAGAAACCGUAUUUAUGUAAACAUUGUUUAAAGGCAUUUGCCGACGUUAUAAACUUAAAAAUGCAUGUGAGAACCCAUACUGGCGAGAAACCGCAUUCCUGUGAAAUUUGUUCAAAGACAUUUUCCCGAAUCGAAAGCUUAAAAUCACAUCUGAGAAUCCAUACUGGAGAGAAACCGUAUUCCUGUGAAAUUUGUCAGAAGGCAUUUUCCCGCCGAGGAAGCUUAAAUUUACAUAUGAGAUCUCAUAUUGACGAAAAACCGUAUUUAUGUGAACAUGGUUCAAAGUCAUUUUCCCAUCUUGAAAGCUUAAAAUCACAUCUGAGAACCCAUACUGGCAAGAAACCGUAUUCAUGCGAACACUGUUCAAAAGCAUUUCUAUACUUCUCUCAUUUAAAAAGGCAUCUGAGAACCCAUACUGGGGAGAAACCGUAUUCCUGUAAACGGUGCUCAAAAGCAUUUUCGGAUGCUUCAAAUUUAAAGACACAUCUGAAAAAACAUACUGGCGAGAAACCGUAUUCAUGUAAACAUUGUUCAAAGGCAUUUUCCGACGCUCUAAACUUAAGAACGCAUAGGAGAACCCAUAUUGGCGAGAAACCGUAUUCAUGCGAAUACUGUUCAAAAGCAUUUUCAAACGCCUCUCAUUUAAAAACGCAUCUAAGAACCCAUACUGGGGAGAAACCAUAUUCCUGUAAACAGUGCUCAAAGGCAUUUUCGGAUGCUUCAAAUUUAAAGAGACAUCUGAGAAAACAUACUGGCGAGAAACCGUAUUUAUGUAAAAUUGUUUCAAGGCAUUUUCCGACGUUAUAA